CUACUACUACUACUACUACUACUACUACUACUCUACUUCUACCACUACUAUUAUUACUACUAAUACUACUUCCAAUACUGGUAGUAAUAGUGAGAAUGAACAAGCACAUAUUAAUUCACGUUUAACAAUUUCAAAUGCAAGUCUUACUGAUGUAGAUAGUCAACAACUACAAAUGGAUAAUUCAAUUGAUAAAGUAUCAUCUACCACAUCCGGUUGUAAAUCUUCAGGAACUAAUGUGAAGAAAAAUGGAUGGUUUCGUAAUUCACUUGGUAAAGCAUUCCGUAAAAAGACCACAUCAUCAUCAACACUAUCAAUACAUUCACAAAGUGAUAUAGAUUGUCCUACAUCAUCAAUACAACACAACUCUAUCUAUCAUAGUAACAACAACAAUAAUAGUCUUCCUCCUGGACAUCCAUCCAACUUACCACAAAGUCCGACUAUGGAUCAUAAAGGAUUACAUAAUACUAUUAUAAAUCAAUCUAAUAUGAAUUCUAUACAAUCUAAUAGUCAUAUGAAUGCUUUAUCUGUCUUAUCCAAUACACAUUUGAAUGGUUUAUCUCCAUCGAAUUCAUCAACAUUAUCAUCGUCAUCAUCAUCAUGGAGUACAUUAGGAAUAAGUGGAAAUGGUCAAAAUAAUUGUAAUAUCAUUACAGCUACUACUACUACUAUUACUACUACUAAUAGUAGUAGUAGUACUAUUGUACCAUAUACAAAUGAACAAAUUAAUCGUUUGAACAACACACGAAUACAGCAACAACAACAACAACAGGACCAUCGACCAAUCCAUUCAAAUCAACUUAGUUGCCCAAAUUACUUAGUUAACUAUAAUGAUUCAGAUAAACAAAAUAAAUUAUUCAAUGUUGAAGGAGGUGAUAGAAAUAUUCUGGACAGGAAUCAUAGUAAAUUAGAAUUAAAUAAACAAUCAUGUCAAGAUGAAUUGAAUCAUUUAAAAUGUCAAUUAGCUGAAAAAGAAUCUAAAUUAACUGAUGUACAAUUGGAAGCUUUAGCAAGUGCUCAUCAAUUAGAUCAAUUAAAAGAUGAAAUGUCACAUUUAUAUUCACAAUUAAAUUAUUUACGUACAGAUAAUGAAAGAUUACAAAUAUUAGUGACACAUUUACAAAAACAACAACAUUAUCAUCAUCAUCAUCAUCAACAACAUCAACAUCAGCUACAACACAGUACUCCUGCUCCUGCUCUUCCUCCUCUUCCUCCUCCUCCUCCUCCUCCUCCUCCUCCUACUACUACUACUACUACUACUACUACUACUACUACUAGUAGUAGUAGUAGUAGUAAUAAUAAUAAUAAUAUGUCAAUAUUAUGUAAUACAGAGAUAAUACCCGUUGAAUGUGAUACUUGUUCAAAUCUAUUUAUUGGAUUUUCUGAAAGAACUAUAAAUUUAAACAAUUCAUUCAUUGCAACAGUUAAUCUUAUUUUAAACAAUCCUCAACAUAAUAAUAAUAAUAAUAAUAAUAAUAAUAAUAAUAAUUCAUCAACUAAUUCUAUUUUAAAUAUUGGUAUCCUUUAUUUAACAAAAUUAUAUAAUUGGGAAUCUAUAAAUAAUCAUCUUGUUAAUUUAUAUAAUUUAUAUACAUCCUAUUUGAAUUUGAACGACCCGCGUGACCUUCAAACGAAUGAAUUCAAACAAUUUCAAUUACAUAUUGAUUCGUUGAAUUAUACAUUGUAUAUUGAAUUUCAUCCAAAUACAUCAAAUUAUUCCAUUCAAUUUAAUGAUGAUGAUAAUAAUAAGAGAACAAUUCAAAAUCCUCAACAUUUAAUUAAUUUAAUUCAAUCUCAAUCAAAACAAUUCAAUAUUCAAUUAGUUAUGAAUCAUGAUUUAUUGAAUAUUGAACAAGCAAAUUUAUUAGCGGAUUAUUCAAAUGAUUAUCAACAGAAUUUAUUUAAACAAUUAAAUAAUUUAAUGAUAAAAACUUUAUUAAAUCGUGAUAUUUUAUAUUUUUAUUAUGAAUUAUUAUAUACAUAUCAUUUAAUGAUAUUCUAUGAUAUCGAUGAUGUUUAUAUGAAUAUAGUGAUACAAGCAUUCUAUGAACAUAUUUGUUCCAGUAUAAAUUCAUCUUCAUUGAAAUUACAUCAUUUCAACUUAACUGAUAGUGAACAAACUACAAUGAAUGAUUUAUAUCAAUGUUUAUCACAAUAUAUGAAUAAUACAAUGAAUAGAACAGAACAAUUACCCACUAAUUUAAUAAUUCUAUUCUAUAUUCAAUCAAUGAAUCAAAUGUCUAAUGAUGAUUAUCUGAAAAUUAUCAAUGAUUUUCAAGUUUAUUAUAAUAGAAAGAAAGAUGAUCCAAAAAGAACAUGUUCAAUAUAUCUAAUUGGUACUUGGAUAACAUCAGUUGGCAACAGUUCAAUUGAAUCGUCAUCAUCAUCAUCGUCGCCGUUAUCAUCAAUCCCAGGUCCACUUCAAAAUCUAACAACAACAUCAUCAUCAUCAAUGAAUGUGAAAUUGAUCUCAUAUCCAAACAAAUAUAAUAGUAUAUACAAAUCUGUACAAUGUUUCAAUGAAUUAAUUUGUUGGAUUGAAAUAGACUAUUCAUUUAAACAAUCUUAUAUGAUAGGUGAUUUAAAGAAACAACUUGUUCAUUCAUUAGUUAAUGAAUUCAAUGAAAAAUUAUCAUCAUCUUCAUUAUUGAAUCAAAUGGAUCAAGAAUAUUUAGAUAAAUUUCAUAAUCAAUUGAAAUGUUAUGAAGAUCUUAUUAAAUGGAUUCAGCAGGUUCUCAAUUAUUUAAAUCAAUUCUUAAUAGAAUUGCAUAAUCAUUAUCAUGAAACCACAUUAGAAGAUACGGAUCAAUUUCAUUUGAUUAAUCCAUUAAUAUUUUUAUCUUUACCAUUUCAUGAUGAUCUCAGUAAUUCUGAAUUAUGGUUUAUUGAUUUGUGGAAUAAUCAAAUUGUAAAAAUGAUAAAAAAUUUUAUUGAUCAAUGGUCUAAUCAUCAUCAGAAAUCAAUAAAACAACCGGUAAAUUGUAUUGAUCCAACCAAUUGGAUUCUAUCAACAUGGCCAUGGCAUACAACAAAUUGGUUAGAAUGUUUUCAUAAACAUAAACAUAAUAAUACAGAUAUGAUAUCUCCACCAUGUUUAAUACAUCUUAUUGAAUGAUGCACAUAGAAAUACAGUUAAAUUUCAAUGUUGCUUAUAUACUACUUACUAUUAUUAGUAGUAGUACUAGUAGUAGUAUCAGAAAGUAACAACUUAAAGUGUUAUAUAUAAUCUUUAACCCUACCAGAUCAACAGAUUUACAUAGUUUCAUUCACUAGGAAAUGUAUAAUAUAACUAAUCCAAAAUAUAUCUUCUUAAUUGUCCCCUUUUUAUGUUCAAUUUGUAUAUACAUGAAAAUAAAGUUGCCUAGAAACAAUAUGUAUACAAAAUUAUCCAAAUAAAUCUAUAUGUGAACAAUGUGAUUUGAUUACAUGAUCAAGGAAUAUGAAUUUUGUUUUUGUUCUGUUCAUUCACCAAAAACAUGAGUCCAUUGUAAAAUUCUAUCUAAUCAGUAUUUGGUAAUUAAUGAUGAAAAGAAAAUUAUAAACAAAUUGCUUACUUGUUUAUAAA